AUGUCACUUUUUUUUGGCAGCUCCCAUGAGCGGUUUCUGAAGGCCCUCUUUGUCGAACUUGUUCAAGGCGAUACGGGCCUCAUCAACGCGCACAAGCUGCACCGGGCUCUGACAAUAACCAUUACUUACCAUCGGUACCGUGUAAUCUCUCGGAAAACCACGAGUAUGCUGAUGAAACUUGUUGACCGAGACCACCCGGGGAUUUUGACCAAGGAGCAGUUCUUCCACCUGCACCGAGUUGUCGUCUGCUUAUGGAAAUCCUUUAUAGACUAUGACCGCAACAACUCUGGGUGGAUUCGGCGUGCUGACAUUCGAGCUGCAAUGGCGAGCGUAAACCUCCAGUUGACGGAUGAUCAAGUGAAUGAAGUGCUGGGCUCUGACAGGCGAAGAGUCUGGAUCACCCUUGACUACUACCUUCAACUCUGUGCUACGUGCAUGCUCUACCGUUAA